UAGCCAGUGGCGCACGCGCAGCCGCUGCCGGAGCGGCCAGACGCGAGGAGGGCGGCCGGAAAGCAGCGCACCCGGGCAGGCAGGGCGAGCCGCAGUGCACCGCUCAGGCUCCGACGGCACCGCGACGACCACGACGAGGCGAAGCCAACCGCAACGCAGUCGGGGAUGGCAGUGAAUGUGUACGCCACGUCCGUGUCUAUCGACAACCUCAGCCGCCAUGACAUGCUGGCGUGGGUCAACGAUUCCUUGCACCUCACCUACACCAAGAUCGAACAACUCUGUUCAGGGGCGGCGUACUGCCAGUUCAUGGACAUGUUGUUCCCGGGCUGCAUCCUCCUCAAGAAGGUCAAGUUUCAAGCUAAACUGGAGCACGAAUUCAUCCACAACUUCAAAGUUCUUCAAGCGGCCUUCAAAAGGAUGAGCGUGGACAAGAUCAUCCCGGUAGAAAAACUGGUCAAGGGCAAGUUCCAGGACAACUUUGAGUUCGUGCAGUGGUUCAAGAAGUUCUUUGACGCCAACUACGACGGGAAGGAGUACGACCCGAUGGUAGCCAGACAGGGGCAGGAUGUGUCCCCCGCCCCCAACCCAGGACCGCAGAGGACGUCGCCCACAGUGCCCAAAAACAUGCCGACGCCGCAGAGGGUCCAACACAACACCCCGGCUUUGCGGAAGAACUCCACCCUGUCUCGAAACGGCGGCAGCGACGCGGAGAUCUCGGAGCUCAAUCAGCAGUUGAUGGAGUUGAAGUUGACGGUGGACGGCCUGGAGAAGGAGAGAGAUUUUUAUUUCAGUAAACUACGAGACAUCGAGCUCAUCUGCCAGGAGCACGAGAGCGACAACAACCCGGUCCUCAGCAGGAUAAUCGACAUCCUUUACGCCACAGAGGAGGGCUUUGCGCCUCCAGAAGAUGAAGAGUUUGACGAACAAGCCCACCUGGACCAGGAUGAAUACUGAACCCAACCUCCACCGGCUACUGGCGCUUUCCUUUUUCUUUGAUUUGAGUUCUACUGUCUGUGCACGCUCUGGCCUACUAAAUUGGCCCUCACAAAAUCUUCAUUCCCCGUCCUCGUUUUUCAUUUUUUUCAAGCUAUCAUCCGACACGCGGCCGUACGUCAUCACGGGUAGCUAACGGCACCACGCGACCGAUCCGGUUUUCGCCCAGCGUGAGCCGAGGAGACGAGGCGAGCGGUCGGUCGGUAAACAACGACCGCGUUUUGGAUUGUUUUUUUUUUGUUUUUUUUUGGGUUAUUUAUUUUGCCUUGGGUGCACUUUUUAAACGCACCGCGACGACGAAAACUCAAGCGAAUUUUUGCUAGCGGUCUCUUAUUUAUUUAACUUAUAGUUUUUGGAUCGACCUCCUGUAGCAGAAAUCUACUGUACGAGAAAAGUUGAGGUUUCCGCUCUUGCCGGUUUUUAGUACGUAGAACGGGGGACAAAAAUACCUUGAAGGAUGUGAUCGGAGCGCAUCGAUUGAUUGAUUAUCUUGGAGCAGCAACAUAUCUGAGCAUGAGAAUGUUAAACAUUGACUGUGAAUGAGUGAUAUUUUGUAAAAAUGUAUUUCAUGUGGAGAUUCUGUCUGAUGUCGAGCUGUUUUUUUUUUUUUUUUUUUCUUAGCCUGUUAUUAGGGUGGUCCCAUCUUAGUUAUGACAAAUCAGAUGAGGCACAUAUUAGAACAGAUAUGUGGACCGCCCGAUGACUGCACAAACGCUGGAGAACCGAGGUCCGUCAACUCCAAGUCGGACUGGACCGGCAUUCGACAACUUUUUCGGCGUUCUUGUCAGUCACCGGGUGGUGUAAAAACAUACUUUGGGAUUUCAUUCUCUGAGAAUCUUUUUUGCUGAACAACACUCAAAUUCUUCUCGCGGCCUCCCGUUUUACUCACUGGUUUGUUUUUUGUUUAAUUUCGCAAAUGGCUUUAGAACUGACAUCCACCCACCGCGUAAUCAUCACGGACUGAACGCGCAUCAUUUUGAGUUUUCAAUAAACAAAGUUGUGAAACUAGUGCUUGCUUCCAUUAUUUUUUGACACGUCAACGGACGCGCAGCCGAAAUGAAUGAAAUGAACAUUUUGUGAACAAUAGGAGUGAAUAUCAUAGUGCCAAAUAUUGGAGGAAACCUGAUUAGCAUAAGUCGUGUGUGCAACCACUACGUUCCAUAUACAAGUAGGACAUUUGAUAUCAUUAUGUAUAAGUACAUGUGACUUAUUAGGCAGAACUGCACUGCUUUGACAUUUUUGUACUUACUAUUUGUG